CAGGUAGCCGGGGGGCAGCUUUAUUGGGAACUGGUUGUACUAGAGCUGCUUUGAUCAUUGUGUUUGCAUAAGGGCUUGGUGAGCAUCGCGAAGGCUGCGCUACAAGUUCGAUCCGCGGGAUAGGCGUCCCUCUCCAUCGAUGAUUCAGGAAGCGGACAGUAAAAGACAAAGAGGCUAAACAAACAGUAGUGAGUUCGCGCAGGAAUUCUUUACCGCACGUAACGACUGCGGGGAGACCCCGGGAGAUCAGAACCGCGUGUAAAACCGAAUACCAGUUUGUCACUGAUGGGGAGUGCGGGGGUUCGCCUCCCGCUGCUGUUGGUCCUCCUUGGGAUACAGGUUUGGAGUGGACGUUGUGAGGAAAGUCGAAGCUCUGGACAGUGUCAGCCGGGAUUCAUAUCGGAUAUCUUUGUCUUUUUUGUAAACAGGGACGAGAUUGCAAAUGGCAGGACCCUGGGCAAAGUGCACUUCGAUGACUGCAGGGGCCGAAUGACAGCAGUGUACACUGCAGACAAUUCCCAUAUCCGCGUGAAGCCUGAUGGUACUGUAACAGUGAAGCGUCACAUGAAGCUACAUGAUGGGCUGAAGAUAUUUACUGUCACUGCUUUGGAUUGCAAAGGGAAAAAAUUCUCUACCAGUGUUGCAGUUCUGAAUGAGCAACACGAAUAUGGUAAUUACUAUGGGAAUGACGACCAUCGCCAUCAUCAUCAUCAUCAUGGAAAACACCACAGACAACAUCACAACAACACUGAAAAGGCAGUUCCAACGUUGGAGUUCCCCAGACUGCGCCCAGGACGGCAUAGAUGGAAGAGAGACUGGGUUAUUCCUCCAUCCAAUGUACCUGAAAAUGACCGAGGACCAUUUCCAAAGAAACUGGUUCAUGUAAAAUCCAGUGAGGCCAACUUGAAGAAGGUUCUCUACAGCGUCACUGGAAAUGGUGCUGACCAACCACCUAUUGGGCUCUUCACAAUCAACAGAGAUACUGGCAUAUUGCUUGUGACUAAACCCCUGGACAGAGAAACUCAAGAAAUUUACACUCUCACUGUGUAUGCUGUGUCAUCAGAUGGAGAGUGGGUGGAAGAUCCAAUGGACCUGAGCAUUCAUGUGAUUGACCAGAAUGACAACAAACCUGUCUUCAUUCAGCAGGUCUUCCAAGGGUAUGUUCCUGAAGGAGUACCACCAGGUACCUCUGUGAUGACUGUAAAAGCCACAGAUGCUGAUGACCCAUCUACUGACAACGCUCUUCUUGGUUACUCCAUUUUGAGCCAGGAACCAAAAUUACAAGAUUCAGACACCAUAUUUACAAUCAGUAAGGAAACUGGUGUCAUUAGCACAGUAGCUUCAGGUUUGGACAAAGAGGGUGUUCAGACAUACACCCUUAUCCUCCAGGUUGCUGACAUGGGUGGAAAUGGUCUCACUAACACAGCGACCGCCAUUAUCUCUGUCACUGAUACGAAUGAUAACGCACCCCAGUUCGAUUCAUCUAGAUAUGAAGGAAGUGCACCAGAAAAUAAGGCUGGUUAUGAGAUAACCCGGCUAAGAGUGACAGACAAAGAUGAAGCACACACGCCCGCAUGGACAGCGGUGUAUCGCAUUAUAAAAGGGAAUGAAGUUGGCCUUUUCAACAUAACAGCAGACAGAGAAAGCAAUCAGGGUAUACUGAGAACUGUCAAGGAAUUAGACUUUGAAACUGCAAAUGAGCAUGUUCUCCUAGUAACUGUUGAGAAUUUGGUACCGUUCUCAGUUUCUAACGUUCAAACUUCAACUACAACUGUCGCCGUAUAUGUUCAGGAUCAGAACGAAGCACCGAUUUUUAGUCCUGUAGAAAUUGUUGUAGAAAUCUCAGAGGACCUGCCAGUGGGACAAAUGAUCACUUCUUAUCCAGCUAAAGAUCCAGAUAAAGCACAAAACCAGGUGAUAAAAUAUAAAAUUGGCAGUGACCCAGCAAACUGGCUGGAGGUUGACCCUGAAACUGGAAUAAUUCGAUCAAAGGCACAGCUGGACAGAGAAUCAGAACUUGUAGACAAAAAUAACAGAUAUAAAGCACUUAUCCUAGCUUAUGACAAUGGUAACCCGUCUGCUACUGGUUCUGGUACCCUGGUUCUGGUGCUACAAGAUGUAAAUGACAAUGCACCUGACCUAGAAAAUCGUGUCUUUGAAAUCUGCAAUGAAAAUCCAAUUUCAGCUUCACUGGCUAUCACAGACAGAGACCUGCCUCCACACACAUCGCCUUUUACAGCCACACUUGUCAUGAAUUCUGACAAAAACUGGACAGCAGAGAGGCAAGAUAAUAAUGUCAUCUUGAAUAUGAAAUACAAGCUGGAUCCAGGAAAACAGAAUAUUAACCUGCAGCUUACAGAUACAGGAGGCAAAUCCCAGACACUGACUGUCGAAGCUGUUGUUUGUGAGUGCAGUGGAGACCAUACCAGGUGCAGUGAAAAAAUGGGAUAUGUUGCUGGUAUCAGCCUGCCAGCUAUACUGGCAAUCAUCGGAGCCAUCUUAUUACUUCUAAUCCUGGUGUUGCUACUGCUGUUGUUCCUGAGAAGGAGGAAAAAGAAGGUGAAGGAGCCCCCCCUGCUACCCGAUGAUAAUGUCAGGGGUAAUGUUUACUACUACGAUGAGGAGGGAGGUGGAGAGGAUGACCAGGAAUAUGACCUGAGUCAGCUGCACAGAGGCUUAGACAGCAGGCCUGAAGUUAUUCGCAAUGAUGUCAUCCCAACACUUUUACCAUCUCCUCAGUAUCGUCCACGGCCAUCCAAUCCCGAUGAAAUCGUCAACUUCAUAGACGAGAACCUGAAGGCCGCUGACAAUGACCCUACUGCUCCACCGUACGACUCUCUCCUGGUGUUCGAUUAUGAAGGGGCUAGCUCAGAGGUCGGUUCACUCAGCUCCUUCAACUCAUCCAGUUCAGGGGACCAAGACUACGAGUAUCUGAACAACUGGGGUCCCCGCUUUAAAAAGCUUGCCGACAUGUAUAGAGGUGAAGAUGACUAAUCCUCAAGCACAUGUGGAGACAUUAGCAUGUCUUCUUUUUGUGACGGACAAUUUAUAUGUAAAUGAGUACAACUUUAUGAAUGGUUUAGGAUGGUGCUUCAUUACUUUACUGAUGUUAAUCCCUUCACCUCCAGAAAUGAUCAAUUCAUAUGCUGUUCUGUUCUGAGUACCGGGAUAAUAUGCUGCAUUUUGACCAUAGGAACAAAGAUGUUUGUGUUAUAAACCUGUGCACUUAAUACCAAAGAUUUUUAUGUGCUGAACAUUAUCUUUUUUUUUUUUUAUUAAUUGAGAAACAUUACUGUUAUUUAAAAUGUGAAGUUUUGUAGCUGGGGAAUGACACUACAGUAACAGUCUUGGAAUGUCACACUAUGGAAUUCCUGGACUGAGUAUGCUAAUGGAUGAGGUCAUUAUUCUUACCGGUAAGGUGUAGCAAUUCAUAAAACUCAGAGGUAAUAAUACUUAAUAAGGACUACAGGGAGUAAACCCUUCUCUAUACAGGUUUCAUCAUUUCACAGAUAUUUCAAGACUAUUAAGUCUUAUGAGCAUUUAUGCUUUGCCAGUGUCCUCCCUCAGGCUGCGCCUCCUUUCUCCAGGAGGGCCAUGCCACACAAUCCUGAGUAAAUUUGUGGAUAACUAUACAGUCACCUAGAUUAUGUUUAAAGGAAGAUAGUGAGUCUCACUGCUUAACAUGCAGAGAAGGUUUAUUCCAAAGGCUAGGGAGGUGCUAGGUUAUAAACUUGUCCCUUCAGCAUGUUGUAUUUAGCUGUUGGUGAAAAUGUAUGGCCCUGGUUCUAGUACUGAUGGAGUCACUGGACUUACAGAAGGUCUUGGAUGACUGGGUCUCUAAUGACAAGCUAGACAAAACAGAGAUCUCCCCCACAAAAAUCUGUAAGACACUGAAUAAAGGGAUAGAGCUUCCAGCCUCUUUUGAUAGCUCAGAGACUUUAGGCCUGUGAUCCGUUUGGUUAAGAAUCUUUACUGUCUUUAUAAUUGUUUAAUUUGUCUAGUGAGGUACUUCACAAGGGGGUGUUUUAUUCAAUAAUAGUGUGAUCAGUGCUGAGCAUAAUGGAGUGAUUACUUUCUUAGGCCUUGAUGAUAGUCCUUUAGUAAUUAGCUGUGCUAAAUAAAAGUAUUUCCUGACAAUCAUUGUUACAUGAUGGGCAAAAGAGAAUAAAUUAUCAUCCCAAAUUCCUAGGUCUUUAACUACAUUUUUCUUUUUGUAGUGGUGUGUUCAUUCAGGAGGGUGUGUGUUAAAGGAUGACUUAACAACAACCCCCGAUUUAUAGUCAACUGCAAACUUUGUUAGACAGAGAUAUUAGCUGUCUGCUUAAAGAUCCAAAAAGCAAAUAUCAAAGGAGGAAUCCCAGUACCGAGGCCUGAGUGGCAUUGCUGAUCACUUUUAUACUUUCUAAUGAGGUAUCUCCAACUAGUACUGUCUGGGUUCUGCCUUUUGGCCAUUUUGCUAUCCAUCAUUUCACAUAUGGGUCACUUUUUACUGUAUUUAGCCUCUGUAUGAUACCAGCAUGGGAACAGUGUUGAAGGCCUUGGCCAGGUCACAAUAUACUACGUACACCACAUGGUAACUGUCUAUGGCAUCAAUAACCUUUUUGAAGAAAGUUUCCAGAUUCAGUAAAUGUGUGUUAGGGGAAGGGCACAGAAAAUGGCAAUCAUUUUUAUACUGUUCACAUACCUUGUUUUAGUACUUCAACAUUUAGAAUUCGAGACGGAAGGUAUUGAAGACUGUCCCUCUGCCCUAUUUCACUGUCACGAAUGAAGUGUAUCCUUCUUGGUGGGAUUUCAUUAUGACUGGUUUGCAUGGCUAUGCUAGUUAUCUUAUUAGCCAGCUCUUGGUAUUUGAUAUUUAUUCUCAUCCCAAGGACUACAGAUUUGACUUUGACAAUGUAUAUCUUUUGCACUUAAAGCAGGUAUAUAUAUAUAUUAUCUUUGCAUCUUAAUUCCUAAGGAUUACAUAAAUUAUUUAAUUAUAGCCCACCACUGUAAGCUCUAGGCUUCUCACAACAGGCUAACAGUGUCAUCCCAUUUCAAUAUGUUUUUUAAUUCACUCAUUAAUCUUCACUUGGUGUUACUUUUUAAAUACAUCAUUAUUUAGCUUAAUUAAUGGUAUUUUAUGUGUCUUUCAGACAGAUCUGUUCAGGUUGCUCUUCACUUUUGUUUCUUUGUAUGUAAUGAUUAUCCUGCCCGUAGCUUUCACUAAACGUUGUUUGAAUUUGUAGCUGUCAUGAAGGAACAGCACACCAGUACUGUGUUUGUAACAUACUCAUGAAAAUCGUGGAAUCAUGGCUGGGGUAUAAAUGUGUUCAAACUACACACACUGUGAGACAGACACAGACAGUUAUUACUGGAUUAAAACAUGCUCAGCAACACACUUUGUAGCAGGGACAGGAAAGUGAGGCACUAAAAGGUCUGCCACUUCUCUUUUAUAACAGUAAGGAUCCAACCAAGGAUAAUAAUACUGUCGUUUGGUGUGGCAAUGGACAACUCAUGAGUAAACAAAGAGGAGCGGAUGCAUUGUGAACCCCAGUGGAAAUGGAAAGCCAGAUUAAUCUGUCCGGAUGUUAGAUACAGGCCUCACAUCAUGAGAAGAAAAAGAAAAAAAUAAUUUAAAAGAGAUCCUUAGGGGGGCAAAGAAAGUGGGUGUUUUGUUACUACAUUGCCACACCAAGCAACAUUAUUAUUAUCAAUAGCACAUAAAGGGCAUGGCUCAGAAAUGUAUAUAAAAAUCAAGUUCAGCAGUCUAUUAAAACUUUUAAAGUAGAAAUCUACCACUUGCUCAAGAAAGAGCAUUUUUAUGCCUAAUGUUUAAAGAUGUCAGGGGAAAUAGCAGAAGGAUAUUAGAUC